AUGCUAAAAAUCCUACUCCCAACAAUUAUGCUCAUCCCUACCACUUGACUUACCCCUACAAAACUAGUGUGACCCACAGCUCUUGCUCAUAGUCUAAUUAUUGCAAUCUUAAGCAUAUCAUGACUAUACUACCCCCAUAUAACUGGCUGAAACUCUAUUAACCACUUCAUAGCCCUCGACCCCUUAUCAACACCCCUCCUUGUCCUAACCUGCUGACUUCUCCCCCUGAUAAUCCUAGCAAGCCAAAAUCACAUGUCAACUGAACCAACCAACCGCCAACGAAUAUACAUUACCCUACUCACCUCACUUCAAAUCUUCCUUAUCAUAGCCUUCUCUGCAACCGAAGUACUCCUAUUUUAUGUUAUGUUUGAAGCCACCCUAGUGCCAACUCUAAUUCUCAUCACCCGUUGAGGAAACCAAACAGAACGCCUGAAUGCUGGAACAUACUUUUUAUUUUAUACUCUUGCAGGAUCACUUCCCCUCCUAGUUGCCCUACUCCUACUACAAAAUGCCACAGGUACCCUCUCUCUUCUCACCCUCCAAUACACCCCUGCCUUCCCCAUGGCUUCAGCUGCUGAUAAGAUCUGAUGAGCAGGCUGCCUACUUGCUUUCCUUGUAAAAAUACCACUCUAUGGCAUACACCUGUGACUGCCCAAAGCCCAUGUAGAAGCCCCAAUUGCAGGCUCAAUAGUACUGGCUGCUGUCCUUCUAAAACUUGGGGGCUAUGGCAUAAUGCGCAUAAUAAUUGUACUAGAGCCCCUAACCAAAGAAUUAAGCUACCCCUUCAUUAUCCUGGCCCUCUGAGGAGUUGUAAUAACAGGCUCCAUCUGCCUACGACAAACUGACCUAAAGUCACUAAUUGCCUACUCCUCUGUUGGACAUAUAGGUCUUGUAGCUGGGGGUAUUUUAAUCCAAACACCUUGAGGAUUCACGGGAGCCCUUAUUCUAAUAAUUGCCCAUGGAUUGACCUCCUCUGCCCUUUUCUGUCUUGCAAACACCAAUUAUGAACGCACCCACACCCGAACAAUAGUUCUAGCCCGAGGAAUACAAAUGAUUCUACCACUAAUAGCCUCCUGAUGAUUCAUUGCCAGCCUAGCAAACCUGGCCCUUCCACCUCUCCCUAACCUUAUAGGUGAACUGAUAAUCAUCACCUCCCUAUUCAACUGAUCCUGAGCCACAAUUGCACUUACAGGGGCUGGGACACUAAUUACAGCUGGAUACUCACUCUACAUAUUCCUAAUAACACAACGAGGCCCUGUCCCCCAACACAUUAUUGCCCUCGACCCCUCCCACACCCGAGAACACCUUCUCCUAGCACUCCACUUACUACCCCUUAUCCUACUAAUUGCAAAACCAGAGCUAAUUUGAGGAUGAACCUCAU